GCCCGUCCCGCGGGGCCGGCGGAGCGGGGACAGCGCUGCCCCGGCCCGACGCUCCCCGGGAUCAGCGGGAGUUGUGGGAACGGGAGAGGGGCCGAGGGGAGCAGGGUGUCCCCCUCGUUCUCGCACUGGGUCUGCGGAUGUCCCGCGGGGGCCGGGCCGGCGGCUCUGUGGGAACUCGCCGGAGCGUCUCCGCUGGAGCCUCUCGGCAGUGACGGCGCUCGAAGCCCCGCGUCUCCUUCUGCCGCUGCCCCAGCUGCGCUCAGGAGAGUUGGCGCUCACCAGGGAAGCAAUGUUCUAAGAAUGUCAUCACACAUCCAAAUAAAAACAAAGACUGCACCACAGAAAAGCAAGACAUCCUCUCCUUUACCAUGUUCUCCAGAACCUGCAAUUAAACCACAGCCAAAGCCUAGUGACAAGCUGAAUCCUAAAACUAUCGAUCCGUUUGGUGCUUAUUCUCAACCAACAUCUGCAUUUGCUGCUACAUAUGCUAAAGGAGGCAUUCCGUGCAGGUUAGUGCAUGGAUCAGUAAAGCAUAAACUGCAAUGGGAAUGCCUUCCUGAAACUGUUCCCUUUGAUCCUCUCCUUGUAACACUGGCAGAGGGACUAAGAGAGACAAAACAUCCCUAUACAUUUGUUUCAAAGGAGGGCUUUAGAGAAUUACUUCAGGUUGAAGGUGCUGCUGAAAAAGCAAUUCCCUUGUUGCCUCGUCUAGUUCCAGUCUUAAAGGCUACACUGGCCCAUGCAGAUGAUGAAGUAUUUGGAAGGGGAUUGGAUGCUUUAGUUCAACUGAGUGCUGUUGUUGGCCCAUCUCUUAAUGAUCAUCUUAAACACCUACUCACAAAUCUAUCAAGGAGAUUAAUGGACAAGAAAUUCAGAGAAAGAGUUACAGUUACUUUACAAAAAUUGGAGCAAUAUGGUGGAAAGCCAACUGUGGCUAUCAUCAAAUCGAAAAUUCCAACCUAUUGUUCUAUCUCCCCUUGAACAAGAAAUCUAUAGUGAUUUGUACUGUAAGGUGAAGUUUGGAAAGAAGCUGCCUGUGAACAUCACUGACACUUAUUUGGGGUAUGAUAUAUUCUCUUAAAAUAAUCACAAUUCUUCACUAUGAUGGAGAGUGGGAGUCUUAUCAGUUUGAGAAUAUGUAAUUACAGAAGACUUCUCUAUAUUUGCAUAUGCAUUGUGCUUAUGAUGACAUUGAUUAACCUGCUGUUAUUUCAAAAGCAGAGUAAAUAUUGAUUCUUAUUUUGUCGUAAACUACAAUUUCAUUUAAUAUAUCUGCAGUGCUUAACAUGUUUUGUAUAUUUGGGUGAUGCAAACAAAUUUGGCAGUAAUUACUUAAAUAGUAAGUAACUUGGUGUUAAAUGACAUAUUUAUACCUGCUUUUGAAACAUAUGACUUAUUUUGUGACAGGCACAGAUGGACGCAUUUAGACAUAGAACUGUGAGCACUCAUAGACUUCUUCAGAGUCAGCUUUUCAAGGUGUGAAGCUGAACACACCAAACAAGGAGCAUAUGGUGCAAAGCUGAACUUGCUCAGUGCAUUCUCAGCACAUUGUUUUGAAAUGCUGGGAAGGCUUGGAGAAUACAGUGCAAAGGUAUCAGGUUGCUCCCCAGAUCCACAGCCUAGGGUUUGCUCAGCUAAUUCGUUCCAGUUAGCUUUGGGCCUGCUGAAUGGGAGCUGGAUGUAGGAGGCAACUUCAGAGUAUUUACACUGUGCUCCCUUUGCACUGAGUUCAGGAAUGUCACAGAUAUGCUUGGGACUAGCUUGUGAAUUCCAGACUAGACAAGUUAAUAAACUUCUGAACAUGGAAGCUAUAAAAAAAUAGGAGUUAAAAACAACAAAAGCAUUUUAGAUGCCAGCUUACCUCUCUGUCAAGCCUUGUAGGUUGCAGCAUUUGCUCAUGAUUGUAUUUGAACUUGACUGCAAAAUAAUUCCAUAAUGUUGGAAGGGAGGGAUAUUUUUGUCAUCAGAAGAUACUGAUGCGUAGAGUAUUAAAAAAGUCUGUCAUGUGAAAGCAAUUUCAGCUUUUUUUUUGAAAAUUACCACUGCUUGACUAAAUUAAAUUUACCUCAGGACUGUGGUAUGAUUGCUGCUGAGAUAAGAACUGUGCUAAGUCAAGAUAAAUGUAUUUAGGCUUUUUUUUUUUUAAUUGUAUUUCUUCAGUUAACAAUUUUGCCAACAAGUAUUUAACAAGUGAAAAAAAUUGCUCAUGGUCCUUUUUUUUCAUGUUUACUUUAUUUUUUUUUUUACAAAAUGUGCACAUUUAGUUUACACAAACACGCUACAGCAGAUUUCAGGUGUACAUGUAUUGUACUACUCUUAUCCUACACUGGUGAUAGCAGAGCAGCCUUCAACAUGCCUGUAACAUCCCAUCUCUACACCAGAAUAGAUACCUGAUUUAUUUUUACAAAAGAAUGCUUGCAACGUUCUUUCUACUUCAUUAAUUCACAUUUUCUGCAGCAAUGUCACAAUGAAGGUUGGCCUAUCUCAAUAGCAUUUCACCUAUUUUAAAAUAUUGUCAUAAACUCUGUGGACAAUAUAUCUUAAAAAUUACAUGGAUGGAGGGGCAUUGUUAUAUUUUAGGUGCAUACUUUUUUAGAAAAAUCUUUCUAGGUUCAGAAUAAAUAGCUCCAAUCUUAAUGAAGAAAUGAUCCUAAAAAAAUGUAAUGCAUUUAUCACAUAUAGAUGAUAUAUAGCUGAAGUUUCCAUUUCUUCCUGAUUCUGUCUCAUAGUUACAGAUAUUACAAAAAGCUGAAAUAGAUGUUAGCCUGACUAGCAGUCAUUAUUAGUAGAUGUUACUACAUAGGGAUAUUCAUUCUCAGCACUGAAGUGGGAUGGAAGUUUCAAAGGAAGUUCAUGCCUUUUUAUUUAUUAAAGGCAAAAAGACACAUACUUAUGAAAAAAGUGUUAGGAUCCAGUUAAGCUUUCUUCAUGAAAAAUUAGAAGAUCCUUAAUUUUAAGCUAAGAACUUUGCAGACACAUCCAAGAAGAAUUAGAAAUACAAUAUGUAGGACGCCUGGUAUUCCUGUCGUGAUAGAUUUACUAGGUAAGUGUGAUUGAUAGAAGCUUACUCAUAUUUUUUACAGAAUAAAUCUACCUAUAAGCAGUUUGGGUUUUUGUUCUAUAACAGUUCUUCCUCUCAGGUUAUCAAUUUUGUUAGGUUUGGGUUUUUUUUCUUUGGAAGAGAAAAGCAAGUCAAAGGUGGAAGGCAAUUGCAGCAAGAUGUGCAUUGCACACUGAUUAUAGCAUUAACUCUAAGUGUUAUUCAAAAAUGAGGACUACACCAUAGAAAUGGGAAAAGAAAAUACAUGAUAGUGCCUCUGUAUAAAUUAGAAGCUAAGUUUUGAGAAAUACACUUGAAUACCUGGAGUUUAAUCCAGUAAAAAUGAGUAGCAAAACUAAGAAUAUAUUUUUAAUCUCCUUGUGAUUGUAUCUGUUUUAACUAGGGUUUGGAAUGAUAAUAAAACUGCAUACUGUCUGUUUGAAUUUGGAGUAAAAACUUGGUUUUUCAGUACAAUCUUGUUAACUAAGUAGCCGCUGUUGAAGAGCUAAAUUUAAUAAUUUGGAAAGAAUUUUUUGUUGGGAAGAGUUUAUAAUAAAAAAUUUACUUGCAUAAUCCAUGUCUCAGUGUAAAGCUGAGUAACUUUAUUUAUGAUAAAGUGGGAAAUCCAUCUUUUAGAUAAUGUUG